AUGGAGACAGCGUCGUACAAUGCGGAAAAGUUAAUCCACUUUUACGAUGAACUUAGAGAAGAUAAGGCAAAGCUCUCCACUUCGGUGUACUACGACCAUCUGGUCAAGUGGGGCACAUCUCCAGAAAAGGCCACCUCACUAAUUCGCAUGAUGGACCCGAAAAACACGGGCUACCUCACUCGCAAUGACAUUUGCCGCACUAUGAAUUUCAACUUGCAAAGUCUGCGUGCUUUGAGGGACAUUGAGAUUAUCAAAACCGACAUGUCUCCCUCCAAGAGAGACUCCGUUGCGUUGCUCUUUCUCGAGCUUGCAUCCCGAACUGUAAAGAAAGAGAGCAUGCUGAGACAACUGAAGGAAAGGCUUGAAAUUGUCUAUGGUGGUGAUUGGAGUUGCUUUAUCUCCGCCGGUCACUACUGGUCCAUAUGCAUUCAUAACCCAGGCACCAAUCUGGUCUUUAAGUACCGCGACCAUAUCUAUGGCGCUUUUGAAUCGGGAAAAUUAAGGCUUAUCGGAAUAGAGGCGUUCCUCUGUGGUGCCCAAUCUCUAUCUUUUAUCACCCUCACAUCGAGCUGCGAUAAGGAUGCUCUGACUGAGGAGGAUCUUGUUUUACCAGCCGACUUUGUGGAAAAGCAGGCUUUCAACCUCCCUGAUGGCGAGGAUGCUGCGCAGAUUUGCUGUCAAGUCAGCGAUGUGCGUGCGUGCGCGCGUGCACACACUUCAUUCCGCCAACACCAGAAGAAUAUGGCAGUCGAGCCGUCUCCAGAAAAACUCGUUCAUUUCUACGACGAACUAACUGAGGCUCAGGCAUCUAUCCCAACACGGAGUUAUAAGGAAUUCCUCAUCAAAUGGGGCUAUGAUGCUGAGCAGGCUGAUCGACUGUGCAGUCGCUUGGAUAAGGGAACUGGGGUUAUUCACAGAAAGGAUCUAUGUAAACCAAAUGAGAUUCCCUCCAAUACACUGCCUGCACUUCGCGAUAUCCAGAUCCUCAAUUCAGACAUGAACCAGAAGCAAGCAGAAUCUAUUAUGCUCUACGUUGUGGAUGUUAUAAGGAGGAAAAAAUCCAAAAAGGAUCAAUUGGAGGACUUGAAAAAGCGAUUAGAGGAAGUGUACGGAAGGGGAUGGAACUGCUAUAUGACUGAUGGCAAAUUUUACUCCGUCUGUUCUCACGAAGCCGGUACCAGUCUUGUCUUUCUCCUCAACGAAAUGGUCUAUGGUGUUUUCCGUACACCCUACACAAGCAAGCACUGA